UACAACGGGUUUACAGGGCAUUGCUACAAGUUGUUUUCCAAGAAACAUGACAAGCUUAAAAACUUGACAUUGGUUUGGGACUGCGUUUCACAACCGUUGCGAUUAGCUAACUAUUUCUCUGAAAUACUUUCUAUUUGUUAUUAUAUAUUUGGGAAAGAUAACCUGUACAAAUAGCUUGAAAGCACCUAGACAGACGGUUCACUACAGUGUGUAUCAUAGAGAAGUCGUGGUUAGUUGUAAUUAGAGACUGAACAGAAGGUAGUGAUUGUUGUACGUCGUUGAAAAUGAAAGGUUUACAUUUGGUGACGAUUGCCUGUAUGUUUCUAUUCACAGCAGGACACAGAAACAUGGGUCCUGGGCAAGGGGCUCCCACAUCAGGUUGCCCAUCAGAAGAGCUUUUCUUGCCAUGUGAAUGUGAAGGGUCAGCUGUAAUUCAAUGCAACAAAGCUAAAACUACUAGCGAAGUUGUUGAGUCUUUUAAGCAAAAAUUCGAGGAUUUCGGAGCAUUUGGUACAUUCCACAUGAAAAACACUCCUGUGUCUAAAAUACCCUCUCGGCUCUUUGGACCAGCAAAAUUUUAUUCUUUUAGAAUAACUGGCAAUCUUAACCUUAAUUCUGUAGAAGAUAACGCAUUUGCUGGUUCCGAGCCAUUUGCAGAACACAUAGAUAUUUCAAACAAUGCCAUCUCUUCACCAUCUGUAUUUCAAGCAAUAUCCAAACUGGACCAACUGAAAUACAUAAACUUAGAAAAUAAUAGUCUUACAGAGGUCCCUAAUAACGCAUUUGGAAACCAAGCACUACAGUUCAUAUCUUUGAGAUAUAAUAAAAUUCAAAGUGUUGGUCAGUACGCUUUCCAGCACCUAGCAAACCUUGAGAGAUUAGACCUACGAAAUAACCUGAUCACCUUGUUACAAGAUAAUGUUUUUGAUUUUGUCAAGACAACGGUGGAUUACACUUCCAUUGCUCUAGAAAACAAUAAGAUUUCUGAUGUGUCCAAUAACGCUUUAGUAGGCCUAAAGAGAUCCGAAGUUCUUCUUAGUAAUAAUUUACUGACAACUUUAAAAGCUGAAGCUUUUCAGUCAUAUUUCGAGAAAAUUGUCCAAUUCAAUGGAAGGGCAAUUGUUCUAAAAGAUAAUCCGUUCUACUGCGACUGUCGCGUCAAAUGGAUCGUCGAAAACAAAAGUUAUUGGCCGUAUAUUGGCGCCAUGACUUGUCACGAUGGUAGAAAUAUACAGUCAUACAAGGUGGAAGAGCUGGAAGACUGUUAGACUGAUGUUAAAGAGAUCCAAACAUUGGUGACGAGUCUAAACAAAAUCAAGCAUCUUCUUAACGAUUCUCUUCAUGGUUAUAAGACUAACACUUACAAUAUUUUGAAGCGUUAGAACAUACGCUCUGGAAUAAAUUAUCUUUUGUGUAUGUA